AAAAAAAAAAAAAAAAAAAAUUUAUGAAAAAUAGUCGGACCUCCCCCCCCCCCCGUUCUCCUCAGAAACCAAUUACCGCGCGCUCGCCUUUCUACUCCCGGAAAAUUGUGAUGGACGCUUACUGCAGUCACCAGUGAAACAACAACUUCCAGCGUCAAAACCGUCAGGCAAGCGAUUUCUUUGUAUAAAUAUCUACCAACAGUGACGAUACAGCGUAUCGUUCGAGGUGUGAUCGUAGCAAGGAAUGAAAGAACUCGUCGAGUAAACGCAUAUUUUACCGAAACAUCCAAUUCACACACCAGAAAAACUGGUUUUUACUCUAUCAAAUGAUGCGACCUACCUGUAUCCUAGAGAAGGUGUGAAAAAUAGUGAAGCCAAAGAAGACCUGGAGGAAAUACAUAAAUUUUUAUGGUUAAAAUUGGUACAAGCAGAUGUGAAAACCCAAUCUUCAAUAAUGCAACAAGGGUUGUUACAAAUAGAAUGAACAGUUCGAACUCCUCUUCUGUAAGUGUUCGUGGAGUUGUUAAUGCAAUGACUAACAUGAGCACCUCCCCAAUGUGUGCAAACAUGCUUAGUGAUGAUAUGAGUGAAUCCAGCUCACCAGAUAGCCCUCAUUUUGAUGAAACAGAUCUACUUACAAAUACUAUGAAUGAUGAUGUAACCACUCAAUUGGCUGCUGCUGGACCUAUUGGUGUUGCUGCAGCUGCUGCAAUUGUUACUGGAAGGAAGCGUCGGCGAAUGCAUAGUUUUGAAACAAAUCCUUCUAUUCGACGUCGGCAACAAACAAGAUUACUCAGAAAACUACGGUAUAUUGUUGAAGAAUAUUCAACACGUGUAGGGCAACAAGCAGUUGUACUCUGUUGUACUCCUGGCAAACCUAACCAAAGUUACCAGUCUUUUAAAGUGUUCGGUUCUCAACCUUUAGAAACAGUGGUUCGCAAUUCUAAAGGAAUUAUUAUGCAAGACUUGGAAUCAGUGCUGGCACAACAAGCACCACCCUCACAGCAAGAAGAUCCAAAUUUACACAAAUUACCACCUCUUGUUAUAGAUGGUAUCCCAACCCCUGUAGAUAAAAUGACCCAGGCUCAAUUACGUGCUUUUAUACCUGAAAUGUUAAAGUACUCAACCGGUCGCAGUAAACCUGGAUGGGGUAAAAUAGAAUAUAGGCCUGUUUGGUGGCCUGAUGAUGUGCCAUGGGCAAAUGUACGCAGUGAUGCCCGAACUGAGGACGAAAAGCGUAAAGUAUCAUGGACACAUGCUUUAAGACAAAUUGUGAAGAACUGCUACAAAUAUCAUGGUCGGGAAGAUUUACUCCCUGAAUUUACUGAAGAGAAUCCUGCGUCUCCUCCUCAGCAAUAUACAGGGACUAUGGUGCAGACAAUCAACAACCCUGAUGGUAGUGUUUCCAUUAUUCAAAUUGACACUGGUACACCAGGAAGUGCUGUAGUUACAUUACCUGAUGGAACACAAGCUACUGUUGUUCAUGCUGUGCCUGACAAUCCUCAGCAGGAGGCUACGCAAGCUGUCCAAACACUGGCAGAUGUUGCUACCCACCAAGAAGCAAAUACAGGUAUUGGUCAUCCAACCCCAGUCCGGGUUGAAAUGAACAGUGAUAGUGACACACCUACUGUAGCAACCUUAGCUGAGGCCACAGUCAAUCAUGAUGGACAAAUUAUAUUAACUGGAGAUGCUACUUUAGGUGGUAUAGUAACAUUUCCCGUUUCUAUGUUUCACAACAUGACUGCAUUCAAGACUACAGAUCUACACGGACAGAACAACUAUCGUAUAGCAACAGUUACCCAAAGCCAGGACAAUGAGUUGUCACAUCAAAACAUUGAUGACAAUAAUCACCUUUCUAUCACCAAUUCAGAUGGAACUGUUGCUAAUGUCACAAUGGAAGUAAUGACCGUUGACCAAUCCUGACUGUCAGCGGAAUGGAAUGACCUUAUUCUAUCUGUGAUAUACUUCCAUCUAGUCUUUUUCUCUUUUUCCAUCUCCAUGCUACUUCAUGUAGCUAAUGGACAAUUGUACAAGCAAGCAAAUAAGCAGAUCAACUAUACAUUGAUUCAACAACUCACAUCUUCAUUAGUCCAUUUUCCCAUCCUUCCAUUCUUCUUUGUAUCGGUUCAUCGCUAGUAUUUUUAUAUUUGUGGAUAAGCAUUCCUAUUAACUUCCGAUCAACAUACUAUGUCUGGAUAUUUUGGGGUUGUUUUCUGUUAAAUAUUCUAGGCGUUCCAGUCUGAACUUCAGGCCUGUGAACAAAGAUAAUCUAUUAGAUUUCUCUGAUACUGACAGUCUAUUAGCCUGAUUUUUCAGUUUUGUUUUACAUUAUUGCUACUGGUUUCUCUCUUCUAGAAUACUGUAUUAUUUGAUUUGUUCUUACCAUAGUGUCUUAUUAUGUUGGUGUCUGUUGUAAACAUUUUUCUCUUUUUACAUACAUUACAAUAUUUAUAUUACAGUUACUUACACACACUUUUCUACACAUUUAUAUACAUAUAUUAUAUAU